AUGUGGAGAUUAAAAGUGGGAAAAGAGAGUGUUGGGGAAAAAGAAGAGAAAUGGAUUAAGAGUAUAAGCAAUCACUUGGGACGUCAAGUUUGGGAAUUUUGUGCUGAAAAUGAUGAUGAUGAUGAUGAUGAAGCCGUUAUUCAUGUUGUUGCUAAUUCUUCAAAGCACUUAUUACAACAACAACGACGACAGUCGUCGUUUGAGAAUGCUAGGAAGCAGUUUCGUAAUAAUCGUUUCCAUCGCAAGCAAUCUUCCGACCUCUUCCUAACCAUUCAGUAUGAAAAGGAAAUAGCAAGAAAUGGUGCAAAAAAUGGAGGAAACACCAAAGUAAAAGAAGGGGAGGAUGUGAAGAAAGAAGCAGUGAAUAAUACAUUAGAAAGAGCAUUAAGUUUCUAUUCAGCUAUUCAAACAAGCGAUGGGAAUUGGGCUUCAGAUCUUGGUGGCCCUAUGUUUUUACUACCGGGUCUAGUGAUUGCUCUAUAUGUCACUGGAGUCUUGAAUUCUGUUCUAUCCAAGCACCAUCGCCAAGAAAUGUGCAGAUAUAUUUACAAUCAUCAGAAUGAAGAUGGGGGAUGGGGUUUGCACAUUGAAGGUUCGAGCACGAUGUUCGGUUCGGCACUGAAUUAUGUUGCACUGAGACUGCUUGGAGAGGAUGCCAAUGGUGGAGAGUGCGGCGCAAUGACAAAAGCUCGAAGUUGGAUCUUGGAGCGUGGCGGAGCUACCGCAAUCACUUCUUGGGGAAAAUUGUGGCUGUCAGUACUUGGAGUCUAUGAAUGGAGUGGCAACAAUCCUCUCCCACCUGAAUUUUGGUUACUCCCUUAUAGCCUACCAUUUCAUCCUGGAAGAAUGUGGUGCCAUUGUCGUAUGGUUUAUCUACCAAUGUCAUACUUAUAUGGAAAGAGAUUCGUUGGGCCAAUCACACACAUGGUUUUAUCUCUAAGAAAAGAGCUCUACACAAUUCCAUAUCAUGAAAUUGAUUGGAAUAGAUCUCGUAAUACAUGUGCACAGGAGGAUUUGUACUAUCCACAUCCGAAGAUGCAAGAUAUUUUGUGGGGAUCGAUAUACCACGUGUAUGAGCCAUUGUUUAAUGGUUGGCCAGGGAGAAGGUUGAGGGAAAAGGCAAUGAAAAUUGCAAUGGAACAUAUACAUUAUGAAGAUGAAAAUAGUCGAUAUAUAUGUCUUGGUCCUGUUAAUAAAGUACUUAAUAUGCUUUGUUGUUGGGUUGAAGAUCCUUAUUCAGAUGCCUUCAAAUUUCAUCUACAAAGAAUCCCUGACUAUCUUUGGCUUGCUGAAGAUGGCAUGAGAAUGCAGGGUUACAAUGGGAGUCAAUUGUGGGACACUGCUUUCUCUAUCCAAGCAAUUCUAUCCACCAAACUUAUAGACACCUUUGGUUCAACUUUAAGAAAAGCACAUCAUUUUGUUAAACAUUCUCAGAUCCAGGAGGACUGUCCUGGUGAUCCUAAUGUUUGGUUCCGUCACAUUCAUAAAGGUGCUUGGCCUUUCUCAACUCGAGAUCAUGGUUGGCUCAUCUCUGACUGUACGGCCGAGGGACUAAAGGCUUCAUUGAUGUUAUCCAAACUUCCAUCCAAAAUAGUUGGGGAGCCAUUAGAAAAGAAUCGCCUUUGUGAUGCUGUUAAUGUUCUCCUUUCUUUACAAAAUGAAAAUGGUGGAUUUGCAUCAUACGAGUUGACAAGAUCAUACCCUUGGUUGGAGUUGAUCAACCCUGCAGAAACAUUUGGAGAUAUCGUCAUCGAUUAUUCGUAUGUGGAGUGCACCUCUGCGACAAUGGAAGCAUUGGCAUUGUUUAAGAAGUUACAUCCAGGGCAUAGGACCAAAGAGAUUGAUGCUGCUCUUGCUAAGGCAGCCAACUUUCUUGAAAAUAUGCAAAGGACUGAUGGCUCUUGGUAUGGAUGUUGGGGGGUAUGCUUCACAUAUGCAGGGUGGUUUGGGAUAAAGGGAUUGGUUGCUGCAGGAAGGACAUAUAAUAAUUGUGUUGCAAUUCGUAAGGCUUGUCAUUUUCUUUUAUCUAAAGAGUUACCUGGUGGUGGAUGGGGGGAGAGUUACCUUUCAUGUCAGAAUAAGGUCUACACCAAUCUUGAAGGAAACAGACCACACUUGGUUAAUACUGCUUGGGUUUUGAUGGCUCUCAUUGAAGCUGGCCAGGGUGAGAGAGACCCAGCCCCAUUGCACCGUGCAGCAAGAUUAUUAAUCAAUUCUCAAUUGGAGAAUGGUGAUUUUCCCCAACAGGAGAUCAUGGGAGUGUUUAACAAAAAUUGUAUGAUUACAUAUGCUGCAUACCGAAACAUUUUUCCCAUUUGGGCUCUUGGAGAGUAUUCCCAUCGAGUUUUGACUGAAUAA